UUGUAUAGCCUCUUCCUACCUCUCCCACAACCCACAACACCCAUUUCUCUUUCACUCUCCUCUUCAUUAGGCCUUUCUCAGAACCAGCUUCAACUCUGAGCCAUGGCUUCCAAAGCCCUAAUGAGCUGCGGCAUCGCCGCCGUCUGCCCGUCAGUCCUUUCCUCUUCCAAGUCCAAAUUUGCCGCCGCGUUGCGGCUUCCAAGUGGUGGUGCCACCGCUACCUCCCGGUUCACCAUGACGGCUGACUGGAUGCCUGGCGAGCCAAGGCCACCCUAUCUUGACGGCUCCGCACCCGGUGAUUUCGGGUUCGACCCGCUUCGUCUGGGUGAAGUCCCAGAAAACCUUGAAAGAUACAAGGAGUCUGAACUCAUUCACUGCAGAUGGGCUAUGCUUGCUGUUCCAGGGAUCCUAGUUCCAGAGGCCUUGGGAUUGGGCAACUGGGUACAAGCUCAAGAGUGGGCGGCAAUCCCUGGAGGACAAGCCACCUACCUUGGCCAACCUGUCCCAUGGGGCACCCUCCCAAUCAUCUUGGCCAUUGAAUUCCUUGCCAUCUCCUUCGUCGAGCACCAGCGCAGCAUGGAAAAGGACCCUGAGAAGAAGAAGUACCCCGGUGGAGCUUUCGACCCAUUGGGAUACUCCAAAGACCCAGUAAAGUUUGAGGAGAACAAGGUCAAAGAAGUAAAAAAUGGCCGGCUUGCCUUGUUGGCUUUCGUGGGGAUCUGUGUUCAACAGUCCGCUUACCCAGGGACAGGACCGUUGGAGAACCUGGCAACUCACUUGGCUGAUCCAUGGCACAACAACAUUGGCGAUAUCAUUAUCCCUAGAUCAAUUUCUCCAUGAUAAUUUUUACCCAUACCCAUUGUAAAACUCCAUGUAACAGUAUGUAAUGUAGCAAAAUUGCAUAUGUUUGAUGUAUUACUAGGACCUUUCUCUGCUAGUA